AUGUACAGGAAGAUCCUGGAAGAGGUGGGCAUUAUGAUGACGCGGGCGAUGGUGAAGCAGGAGAUUGCCAAUCGCCAGGCGGAGCUGGAGGGGAUCGUGGAAGAGCUUCGGUGGAUGCCAAACUUGCUGAACGGACAGCCGAAUGACCACACCUUGCUCAUGUUCUACAUCACGGUACAACAUGACAUCGCCAUGGUGUCGUACAAGAUUCGCAACAGAGAGUUCGGCACAGCUGAGCAGGGCUCCCUGAGGGACGAAUGGAUAUUGGCCAUGCGGCCCCUGGCCGAGAUUCUCAUGCUGCUGCAAAGCUACCUGAUCCGAGAAAUUGGCCGCAAUCCGCUCGUGAACAACCGAGAGGCCGCGGAGGCCCGGGUGGAAGAGCUGCUCUACAAAGGCACAAACAGUUGGGCAACCUGGAGUUCUGACAACCUGCCGAAGAUUCACGAGUUUUACCUGCGCACGCUGGACUGGAGAAUAACCAGCAAGUGGGUGCAAGGGCCUAACUCGCAGGUCUAUGACUGGUUCUCACACUCCCGCUCGUGCUCUUUGGCGUCUGGGUGGGAAAAUGCCUGCGAAGCCAAAAAAUGCGACGGCGCAUCAUCUUGUUUUGGCAAGUACGACAAAAGUCAAUGCGACCCAAAACUAUGCGGUGAGGACGAGAUGAAGGACUACGUCGACAAACUCUACAAGGAGAAGGUUCUGUCGUUCGACGACACCCUCGACGAGCUCAAAGAGCUAAAAGGAAUUGGGCCUACUACGACGCCUAGGCCCACUACGACGACGACUACGAGUACGUUUACGCGUACUACGACUACCACGACGCCUGCCUUGACGUUGUUCUCGAGUUUGGGCGGGGGUCGAUGUAAAGAUGGCUCGUACCCUGACCCUGACCCUGACCCUGACCAUGGCUCUGGCACAACGAAGAAGUUGUCGACAACACUCACAGCGGAGGAUUGUGCACGAUCCUGCGUCUCACAUGCUAACAACCAGUGCCGCUACUUCGCCUGGCGACCUGACAAACCUGACAAAGGGUGCCGCUUCUACGGGGCAAGUGGCUGCAACCUCGAUAAAGACAAGAAAAAAUAUGUCACCUACAAGAGAGAGGUACUGUCAGAAGAACAAGGUGACCCGUGA